GUUGUCAAAUCAGUCGAAUGCAAUGCGGCAUAGAGUUUAGUCGGUCUUCGAGUCGGCGAGAAUAUGACAAAAAUAUAACGCGGAUGUAGUUAAGUCGAGAGCAUUCAGAUUACCAAAGGUGGUUCAUAUCUACACGCACACACACACACACACACAUUUGCAGUUACGUAGUGGAUAUACAUAUCGAUCAUCAUGCUGUGGAACGAUCUUUGUUAUAAACUUUACUUUUGGCCAUUUUUGAGUUAUCUGGCGGGUAUCAAAGGAAUUUGCCCAUUCUAUCCAGGUUAUUUUCCAUUAAUCACUUUACCGCCCGGUAUUACAUUGUCAACGCCAUCUACAGUGUCGACAACAACAACGACGACAACAACAACAACAACCGUAACCACAGUACCAACAUUUUCCCCAACACCACCAACAGUUACAACUCUAGCACCGUGUCCGACACAACCGCUCGUCUGUUUGAAUGGUGGCGUACGUCCAAUACCCUAUUGUCCUUGCAUCGAUCCGCGACAAAGUGGUAUGGUAGGGGGUGGAAUGAACAUGGGCGUAACUGCAAUGAUGCAACAGCCGACGAUGGCAGCGUCUGGAGCUUUUGCGACGUCAGGUGGCGCUGAUCCCAUGACUUUUAUGCCAGUCAAUACUCAAACGAAUCUGCCACAAGGCCCACAGCCACAAGCAGGUGUUGGUGGGGGUGCGAGUUUUUCCAAUUUUCCCUUAGCCGCACGAAGUGGCAUAACAAAUCCGCCUAAUUUAGGACUUUCGCCUGGACCAAUCGGCUCGGAUAUGAUGAUUUUCAGUUCGCUAGGUGGUCGUCGUCGGCGUAGGAGAAGGAGAAAGUGAAAAGUGUUUCGUUGUUAUUUAAAAAAGUUAAUUAUUACAGUUUUUCUUUUUCAAAGGUUUAGUUUCAAUAAAAUAUCAUUUUAAUAUAAUUGACAUUCUUGUUGUAAGCAUAAACUUUAAUAAGGUUUAUAAAUUAUGUAUGUAAAUCGACAACUCUUUCA